AUGAUAAAUGACUAUACCAGGAGGAAAGUAGCUGUACAGGAUACACAGGCAUGCUAUCUCUGCCACAAGCCGACGAAUGUGGUAUUGUAUAACCAGAGCGGACCGGACUGGUUUUAUACUUGUGAGCUCCAUUUACAAAACAAUCCUCAGUUUGCAGUUCCUGUAUAUGGUGCAGAAUAUGAGUCGAUAUUAAAGAAGAUGAAGGAGACCAAGGAGUUAUUGAACAAGCAGGUAACAAGUAAAGGUGGAGUGGGCAAUUGGGAUGGAUGGGUAAACAAACUUAUAUCCAGCAGGAAAUCCAAGGAUGACGACAAGGAAGCCGAUAAGAAAGAUGAUCAAAAAGAUGACACGCAAGAUGCAGAGCGGCAGGAGCCUGAUUUACAAAAGCAGUAUGACAUGCUGCUGGAUAAACUCACAGAGAUCAAAAGUAAGAAUAAAAAGUAUAAAUUGAGUGAUAUGAUGUUUCAAAACAGAGUAGAUCUCAAGGAGAGAGAAAGGUUAAGGCGAAUAAGAAUACAAAAGGAACAAGAGCAAUACUCAAACACCGAUCCGGUUGAAUUGGAAACUAAAUUUCAGUUUCCUUCUAUACCACAAACAACCCCAAAUAAGAAAGUAUGA